GCCAGAGCGACUAUCAUGCCCCUACCCUAUAAUCGCUUGUUCGGCCUACGAUACGAAGUACGACUUCCAUUUGCACGGUGCCUUCACUGUGCUCAGAGUAGCAUGCAGGACUCAUCAAUCGCUGCUUUCUUAUUCAUCCCUGUAUUCAUGUUUGUCAGAUAUUUCCCUCCGAUGUAAGUCGCACCUUCCCACAGACAGACUCCGAAUCGGGUACCG